CCGCUCGCUGCAGUCCACGGGGCAGGUCUUCCUGGGCAUCUACCUCAUCUGCCAGGCGUACUCGCUGCAGCACAGCAAGGAGGACCGCGUGGCCUACCUGAACCACGUGCUGGGCGGCGAGCUCACCCUGCAGCUGCUCUUCGUGCUCUACGGGCUGCUGGCGCUGGCCUUCCUGUCGGGCUGCUGCGUGCGCGCGGCCGCGCAGGUGCUGGCCGUGCUGCAGCCGCUGGCCACGCUGCUCAUCGACGGCAACGUCGCCUACUGGCACGAGAGCCGCCGCGUCGAGUUCUGGAACCAGAUGAAGCUCAUCGGCCAGAGCGUCGGCAUCUUCGGCGCCGUCGUCAUCCUCGCCACGGACGGCUGAGCGGCCCUGGCCGGG